GGCUGGGAGUUGAAGGGCCCCGAACGAGAGGCCUGCCGCUUGACCCUGGUCCGAAGGGGCGCACAGUUUGAGUUAAUAAUCCAGUUUUAUGAAAAGGAGGUGCCUGUACAAGAUGUCAUUCCUAUUAAUAGCCACCUUAAAUGUAUACAAGAAGCAGAAGAGACCCUACUGAUUGACAUAGCAGCCCACACUCCCUGCAAAAUCCGGGUCCAGGGUGAGUGGGUAGGAGAGCGUCUCUUUGAAAUCCCUGAUGAGGAUCGGUGCCUGACUUUUCUCACAGACAUCCUUGCUGCUCAGGAUGCUUAUAAACCUACUUCAGUUCCUGAGUUCAGGGAGUCCACCAGCUGGUACCAGAAAUUAGAAACUUCGGAAAAAACUCCCAAUGAAUCAGAUGUUUCAGGAGUGCUAGGAUUUGAAGAUAAUUUCACUGAAAUGAGUUUGGAGAAGAAAAUAAAUAUACACAAUAGGCAAAUAAGGACCCGUCGGGAGCCCCCACCACCCCCCGGCCACAUAAGCAAACAGUUUUUACGUGAAAAGGAAGCUGUGGGCAAAGACCAGCCAAAAGUGACCAAUACCAUGCGGAAGCUUUUUGUGCCCACCUCCCAGUCUGGGCAGCGAGAGGGACUCAUCAGACACAUUCUGGCAAAGCGAGAGAAAGAAUAUGUGAAUAUUCAGACUUUCAGGUUCUUUAUUGGAACAUGGAAUGUGAAUGGUCAGUCUCCAGACAGUGCUUUGGAACCCUGGCUGAACUGUGAUACCGAUCCUCCAGAUAUUUACUGCCUUGGGUUUCAAGAACUGGAUUUAAGCACAGAAGCUUUCUUUUACUUUGAGUCUACAAAGGAGCAGGAGUGGCUGACAUCUGUGGACAGAGCCUUACACUACAAAUCCAAGUAUAAGAAAGUGAGUCCAGUUGAAUUUUCUUCUUCAGCAUGGGAUUUAUGAGCGGGUUCUCUCUGGUCCGUAACUUGCUUUAACAGAGGAGCGGAAAAUGAAUUCGUUCCAGCCUAGAAUAAUGAAAAAUGCCAAGUCCAUCCA